AUGCAGAUGGACUUGGAACCCUGUCAAGUAGUUAGUCAAGGGUCUGUUGAAUAUGGAGGCUGGAAACUGGUUAUUGCCCAUGUUAGGAGGAAAGUUCCUCCUCCUGAAAACUUGACAGUGACAAGCAGGACUGGCACCUUUUACAACAGGUAUGAGGCCCUGGAACUAGAAAAACAGUCAACUGAUGAGGGUGCCAUGUCAACACAGAACUUGCUUUUCAGGGCUCAAGAUGGUGUUCCAGGCAGUGGCAUGAGGCACAGAGUGCAUCUCCAGACAUCUGGUGGUUUCUUCCACCAUGCUUUUGGGCAUGUAUGUGUCUACAUUGUGGGCUCUCACAAUCAGCUUCUCCACCCGGGCAGUGAUAUUGGAAGCCCACCAACACCGGGAAAAGAUGACCCCGAGGAGGGAACAAGCCACUCAUAUUAUACUAGGGUCGCAGAACGAAAGGCUAAGGAAAUAGAGGAACGAAAGGCUAAGGAAAUAGAGGAACGAAAGGCUAAAGAAAUAGAAGGAGCCAGUUCUCCACAAUUAAUAGAAUGUGAGUCAGAAUACAUUACACCAAUUUUACCAGUUAAGAAACCGAAUGGAACAUAUAGAUUGGUACAAGAUUUAAGGGCAGUAAACGAAAUCACAAAAACCCUGCAUCUGGUCGUAGCAAACCCUUAUACACUCCUGACCAGAUUAAAGAAUAACCUAAUUUGAUUUACAGUAUUAGAUUUAAAAGAUGCAUUCUUCUGCCUUGCCUUAGCCCCAGAAAGCCAGAAAAUUUUUGCCUUUGAAUGGGAGUCUGUUAGCAAAGGUAGGAAAACACAACUAACUUGGAGGGUCUUACCUCAAGGUUACAAAAAUAGUCCCACAAUCUUUGGAGAUCAACUAUCUAAGGAAUUGGAACAAUGGGAACAGCCACAGGGAGAGGGCGUUCUUCUACAAUACGUAGAUGAUUUACUCAUAGCAACUGAAACUGAGGAAAAAUGUAUAGAGUGGACAAUCUCAUUGUUGAAUUUCUUGGGACUAAACGGAUAUCGAGUCUCUCAGCAGAAAGCCCAGAUGGUGCAAGAAAAGGUGGUGUACCUGGGAUACGAGAUCUCCGGAGGACAGUGAUCUCUGGGAACAGGGAGGAAAGAAGCCAUCUGCCAGAUGCCCAGACCAGAGACGGUGAGAGAUAUGUGAGCCUUUCUGGGAAUGACAGGAUGGUGUUGUUUAUGGAUAUACCAGUAUGGGAUACUUGCAAAACCUCUUUACGAACUGCUAAAAGAAACCAAAGGUGUUCUAGUCUGGACACCGGAAGUAGAAGCAGCCUUUAAGAGACUGAAACAGGAACUGAUGAAGGUCCCAGCACUGGACCUGCCAGAUGUAACUAAACCAUUCUUGCUAUUCUCACA